AUGCGCUUGUGGGAGCGCGCCGCGUAUCUGACGCGCCGCUAUUUCCUAGUCCUCCAGGACGCUGUCUUCGUCAUCCUCACUGCUGCUGGGGACGAGCUCCUCCUCCAUGAACAGGUCGGUAUAGCCCUUGGCAGCAGCCCCAUCCUGCACUCCCACCAACGGUACUACAUUGCCAUCAUCUGCACCUGGUCAUUUAACAAUGUGCACAAGGGCUUCAAGGACCACGCCUACACAAACAACCCAGAUGGCACAAUUAAUGACUUCUACCACCAGCUCUUUGUGCACCAGAUUGACUUUGCCUUUGACCCAGACAAGGACCACAUCCUUCUUUUCCAAAUCUUUUCAAUGUACUACCGCAGGAGAUACAAGCAGAAGCAGAUGAAGGCAGAGAUGCAAAGGAAGCUUGCACAUGAGAGGAAACUCUUCAGCAACAGACCAAACACAAAGGCCAUUGCCUUCAGCAUCAACAACAGCCCCAAGGAGCUCAUCCACUGGCACUUCAACAAGCAGAUCAACCACCUCAUCACAUUCAAGCCAAGUGGCGAAAUCCUCUACACAAGGUAUGGCGACAAACACAUGGAAGUGGUGCGCCAAUUGUGA